GAGGCUGGUUUUAGCUCUCCAGCACCUCCGCGGGGCGGAAGUCUCGCUUGGGACUACGAGGGCAGGCCCGCUGUGUCUCAGAGACACUCGGUAACCUUUAGUGUUUCAAACCAAAGUCGCCUUUCUUCCAGGAAUGUGUUCCAUGCUUUCAUCUGAUUCAUUACAAUAGUCAGAAACCUCUGCACAGGUGGUUCCUCCGGUCUAGUGUGAUACGUACAGCUUGUCACCACAACUUGGAGUGGAGAGGGGCAUGUCAGCAGUACUGCAGGGCACGGCAGCUGCUACUGGAGCAGAGCUGGUGUGUAAAGUGAAUGCUCUUCUGUUGACUUGUAAAGCCGAAAAGAAAGUCACUUUAAACCGUGUUAUCCUUGCUAUUGUAAAUCAUAAGAACACUAGGUCUCCUCAAGAGAUGAGAUAGAGAAUUUCUGUAUUCACAGAUGAAAUGACUGACUGUUGAUUUACUCAGGCCCUUAUAAGGUAUAACAACACAAUAAACUUGUCAGACGUAUAUCUACAGCUAAAAGAAUAGAAGAAUCAGUAGGUAUCUAGUGGCUUCAUUACAGUGAUUUAUUGAUGCAUUUGGUUUAACACCCAGACAGGUAGAAAAGACUUUUUUUUUUUUUCCACUAACUAAUACUAAGUAUGUUUCCUUGGACACACCUAAAGACAGCACAUUUUUCACACUUUUCUCACCAUGCUUCUAAUUGUCCACACAGCACACUGGAAGUGCUUUGAUGUAAGUUUUACUCUGAGGAGCCUUGGUUUCUCUGCCUCAUAUGAGCUCUCCUUACUAUGGAAUCAAACAUAAGCUCUGUGGUAUUACUUCCUCAUAUCUCAUCACUUCUCAUUCAAUGUUGAGAAGUCUUGAUUCCUGGCCUUCUCAGAAUUCCAUCCUUGACUGCACAGAACACUUGACUUCUUGCCUGCUGCCUGAGCUUCUUGGGAUGAAUUCUUCCUAAAUAUUUGGUAUGUCAAAACCUGCAAAUGCUACCUAAUUCUUAGAGGGCAAGUUUCCAGAAAUAGCUGAUGAGCUUGCAGGAUGGACGCUUGACAUUUUUUCCAGGAAAUCAGACUGUGGAUUUACCUUCCAUAAAUUUUAUGAAAAGAUAUGGCACUGUCUUUCUCAAUGCCUAUACCAAUUCUCCAAUUUGUUGUCCUUCGCGUGCAGCUAUGUGGAGUGGUCUUUUCACCCAUUUAACAGAAUCUUGGAAUAACUUCAAAGGUCUAGAUCCAGGUUACUUAACAUGGAUGGAUCUCAUGGAGAAGCAUGGCUACCACACACAGAAGUUUGGGAAAUUGGACUAUACUUCUGGACAUCAUUCAGUUAGUAACCGUGUGGAAGCUUGGACUAGGGAUGUUCACUUCCUGCUCCGGCAAGAAGGGAGACCCAUGGUAAAUCUUACAGGUGAUAGGAAGCGGGUUAGAGUGAUGGAAGCAGAUUGGCGGAAUACUGAUAAAGCAGUAAACUGGAUAAAGGAAGAAGCUGUUAACCUUACUCAACCAUUUGUUCUUUAUUUGGGACUAAAUUUACCACACCCAUACCCAUCACCCUAUGCAGGAGAAAAUUUUGGAUCCUCUACAUUUUUAACAUCUCCCUAUUGGCUUGAAAAGGUAACCUAUGAAGCUAUUAAAAUACCUAAGUGGUCUUCUCUCUCCGAGAUGCAUCCAGUAGACUAUUACUCAUCGUACACCAAGAAUUGCACAGGAGAGUUUACAGAGGAAGAAGUGAGAAACAUUAGAGCAUUUUAUUAUGCUAUGUGUGCAGAGACAGAUGCCAUGCUGGGUGAGAUUAUUUCAGCUCUCGGAGAUACUGGGCUUCUUAGAAAAACAGUCGUUAUAUUCACUGCAGACCAUGGAGAACUUGCUAUGGAACAUCGUCAGUUCUAUAAAAUGAGCAUGUAUGAAGGAAGUUCCCAUGUUCCUCUUUUAGUUAUGGGGCCAGGUGUAAAAGAACAGCAGGAAAUACCAAAUGUAGUAUCUCUUGUGGAUAUAUAUCCUACUAUGCUUGAUAUAGCAAGAAUUCCUGUCCCACAGAACCUCAGUGGAUAUUCUCUUAUACCGCUGCUACAUAAAAAGACUGAGAGUGAAGUGUCACCAAGAGGACCUCGGCCCUCUUGGGUGCUGAGUGAGUUCCAUGGGUGCAAUGUGAAUUCUUCUGUGUAUAUGCUGCGAACUGGCAAAUGGAAAUACAUCGCGUACUCGGAUGGCUGUUCAGUACUGCCACAACUAUUUGAUCUUACUGCUGAUCCAGAUGAGCUAACAAAUGUUGCCAUAAAAUUCCCACUAAUUGUACAUUCCUUGGACAAAAUACUCCGUUCUAUAGUAAACUAUCCAAAGGUUUCUUCUUCUGUUCAGGAGUAUAACAAACGACAGUUUAUCAGUUGGAAACAAAGUUUGGGUCAGAAUUACUCAAGUGUUAUUGCGAACCUUAGGUGGCAUCAAGACUGGUUAAAGGAACAAAAAAAAUAUGAGAAUGCAAUUGACAAAUGGCUCGGGGAGUAGACAGAAACAACCUGGAUUUAAUAUGACUGAGGGUAUGAAAACACUAUGCAUUUGUAAUAUUAUACUGUAUUUCAAGUAUUAGAAUUAUUGUCUUAUAUAAGCUAUUGAAAGUAAAGAUUCCCAAACAGUUACUGCUUUGUGUUAGGGAACCAAAAGCAUUUUAUAUAAUGCCAGCAUAACAAAACUAGUGGUUUAGAUGUUAUUGUUCUGUAACACUUAAAUGUACACAGGAAGGAUAAUGUGUAAAUACUAAUUGUGUGUAUGGAAUAUUUAGCUGAUUACAAAAAUACAGAGUAUUAAGCAUUAAAACUCAGUAGGAGUUUCCAUUUAUAAGGAUGGAGUAAAGAUUAUAAAAUCUAGUGAAGUAAGCUACCAGUUACAGUGGAAUUUGUCGGAUUGAUUAUAGGUCCACAUUAAAUACACAUUC